AUGGUCGGGUCUAGGAAUGCUGCUUUUGCAGAAGAAAGCGCCGAGGUCGAGGUCCUCUUAGCGUCACUGGGAAAGACUAAAGACAUCACCAAGCGCAUCACUGCAAGCCUGACGCGUCUUGAUACCAGUGGCAAGAUUGUCAAAGAGGCCAUUGGGCCGAUCUAUAGCAAUACGCAACUGUUACAAGUAACCAACCGAAAUAUUGAGAAAGUCAAUGAAGCCAUCGACAAGCUGAGACAACCCCUCGAUGCCCGGGGCAGAGAGGAAGGAAUCAUCCGAGCAGGUCCGAAGAAUGCCGGGCUGCCGCAGUAUCUCAAUGCUUUGAAACGAGUUGACAAGGCGUUGAACGAUCUCAACUCGUCGAACAUGAGAUCCAACCAGCAAGCGAUAUCCGAGUUCCAUAGUCUGCUAUCGACUGGUGUCAACCAGCUCAAUGACAUCUACCGGCAACUACUGCAGGAGGAUGCGAACAACAUCGAACCUUUGCACUACAUCACCAAGGAAAUACCCUUUCCAACGAUAUCCCCGGAGAAGGCUCAAACUCUCGGACAGAUGGCCACGGCAAUUUCAUCAGCAGGAGCUCAGUCUGCAAGAAUGGGCCAGCGAGAUGAGGACGCCGCUGCACGAAUUUACGCCGACAUUAGGGGAGACUAUCUCCAAAACAGCCUUCAAAACCUCGCGUCGGCCUCUAUCAGCACCUCUAAACGUCGAGCUAACGAUACAGGCAUUUACCGCGAAGGUUCUAGCGGUAUCGGAGCAUACGCCAAUGCUGUUGAGGGCAUGUUUCUUGCAGAAGCGGAUAACACGUCUAAAAUAUUCCGCGAGGACGCUGGCCGUAUCUUUACGCAAACUUGCGGGAAAGCAAUUUCUACGUUCUCACGGACGUUAGCAGAAUUGAACGGCGUCAUCAAGUCCCGCAUCUUAGGUGAUUGUUUCCUGGCAUACGAAAUCCUCGACCUCAUCACGCCGCUUGGGUAUCGACUGGAAUCGCGAACGGGUCAACUGCGUUCACAAUUCGCUGACGCCCUAAGGCCACUUCGUGACACUGCGCGAUCCUCGCUGAACGAAAUACUCAGCCAAACGAAGAAACAGGCCGAGUCAGUAGCCACUCUCCCAUCAGACGGCAAUAUCAUCCCCUUGGUCUCUCAGACAGCCACACGGCUACAAAACCUUGCUUAUUUCGAACGCCCAUUGUUAGUCAUUCUCUCCGCUAUGGGUGAAGGCAGCUGGCGCUCCGCUCCGGGCGUGGCCUCUCAGUCUACACUAAACCUCGAGUUAACACCCUCGACGGAGAAUCCAACCCUGCUCUCCCACUUCCUUCUCGACAUUGUAGAAGCACUCUUCUCCACACUCAGCACGCGCGCACAGGCACUGCACCGCACCAAAGGCUUGCAAGGCAUCUUCCUCCUUAAUACGGUCGCAGUGAUCACGCGCGCCGUCAACUCCAGCCCGGACCUCGCCCGCUACCUAGGCAUCAAUCCACACAGCACGAAGCUCGACGCGUACCGCAAGACCGCCUCAUCACUCUACCUGACUGCGUGGCGCGAACCGUCCGCCCACCUACUGGAUACAAUCCACACAUCAGGGCAAUCGCGGCCCACGUCCGGGGCGGCGAUCGACUCGACGCAGAUCAUCAAAUCGCUCGGCUCGAAGGACAAAGACAAGAUCAAGGAGAAAUUCAAGCUGUUCAACACCAGCUUCGACGAACUGAUCGUCCGCCACAAGUCGCUGCACAUGGAGAACGAGGUGCGCAGCUCCGUCGCCCGCGAGAUCCAGGUGCUUAUCGAUCCGCUUUACACCCGCUUCUGGGAUAGGUAUCAUGAGGUCGAUAAGGGCAAGGGCAAGGUCGUCAAAUACUCCAAGUCUGAGUUGUCUAGCAUGUUGGCUAGUUUGUAG